GUGCUCCUGUUUAUUGAUUUGUGUGCAUUGUCCCUUUAACGUGCCUCGCCACAUGUCAGGCGGACAGCCCCCUCCAAGAAACUGUUCGAUCCCUCCCGCGCCAAAACGGAACGUCCCAGUCCGGACGAUGGCGCAACGAAUCUUCCCUACAAACUCAACCCAUUCGUCUCUGAGUCGAUGAACCGUUGACAUCGUUCUGUCCGUUGCCACUGCUGCUGCAAAUGCAUCACAUCCUGCACACUGGAAGGUUUUUACUGGGAAACCCCUACGAGACAGGCUGGCGCAAGUGUUACUCGAGCUUUGCCGCGAUGAUGCGGGCAGUGUGUGUUGACGUACCGGGAGGGCCGGAGAAUUUGCUCCUGCGGACUGUCCCCAGACCUCGACCUAAAGAUGGAGAAGUCCUGAUUAAAGUUCACGCAACCGCCCUCAACAGGGCAGAUUUAUUACAGAGGCGAGGGCUGUACCCACCUCCUCCGGGUGAGAGUGACAUCAUCGGCCUGGAGGUGGCCGGGACUGUGGAUGCCCUGGGCCCCGGGGUGAAGAGAGGCUGGAGGCCAGAUGACAGGGUGAUGGCCUUGCUCUGCGGAGGAGGAUAUGCGGAGUAUGUCGCUGUGCCCGAGGAGCUUCUCAUGCCCGUUCCCCCGAAUCUCACUCUCUGCCAGGCUGCUGCCGUUCCAGAGGCCUGGCUCACUGCUUUUCAGCUGCUGGCUCUCAUAGCUCAGGUGAAGGAGGGCGAGGUGGUGCUGGCUCACGCCGGAGCCAGCGGGGUGGGAACGGCAGCCGUUCAGCUGGUUCGUCUGUUCGGCGCCGUGCCCGUCGUCACGGCGGGGAGCCCGGAGAAGCUGAAGAUCACCGAGGAGUUGGGAGCAGCGGCCGGGUUCAACUACAAAGAGGAAAGCUUCGCACAAGGCGUCCAUGACUUUACAGGAGGCAAGGGAGCGGACGUCAUACUCGACUGCAUCGGUGGACGUAACUGGGAGCAGAACGUGAGCUGCUUGGCCACCGACGGCAGGUGGGUGCUGUACGGCACCAUGGGCGGCAGAGCGGUGGAGGGAGAUCUCCUGGGCAGACUGCUCUCCAAGCGAGGACACUUGCUCUGCAGCCUCCUUCGCUCUCGCAGCCUUCAGUACAAAGCGGACCUGAUCCACGCGUUUUCACGCCGAGUGUUGCCGCAUUUCUCCGACCAGGCUGCUUCCUUGAGGCCAGUGGUCGACAGCACGUUCAACCUGGAGGACAUUGCAGAGGCGCAUAGGCGCAUGGAGGCCAAUAAGAACACAGGGAAGAUUAUCAUUAAUGUGAUUCCACAGAAACAGGAAGCGCAGUGACCAACCGCUGCAGUGGAAAUGUAAUAUCCCUACAGACAUCAAAAUGCUCUGAGAUGUAAAUUUCAUUUAUGUUAAUGAAUCUUACAACAGUGUUUGACAAACAAACAAACACCCACUUCUAAAUGUUCAGUAUUGUGUUCAUACAGGAAAUAGAGACACAGAUGCUAUCCAGCCACAGAUUUUUUUUUUAAGCUUAUUUUCAAGUUCGGCCUUUCUGCCUCUCAGUUCAUGUUUAUAUUGUCUGAUUUUCAGAUUCAAGUUUGUCAAUGUAGAGUUUUGCCACUGUAGGAAUAGUUUGUGUAUUUAAAACUGCAAUAUACAAUUUUGCCACUAGAUGACACAUACUCUGUUUUUACAUAUACAUGUUUCUCCAGCUGCAAAACUAUAUUACAUGUCCACAUACUUUUACAAGCUCAAAAUAUCAAUGACUCAUUCGAUGCCCUACACAAGUUCCAGUCUCCACCCAUUCUAAUUUUUCCCUCUCUUCCUGCUUCUUCAUACAGUAAUUCAAGACAGCAAUACAGAUUAUCUUUUGUCUAUGCUGUAGGCAGCAAUCCUAACACAAUUUCCUCAGAAAUGGCAUUUUCAUAAUUACUAAUAAAUCAAUUAAAAAGGAA